AAUAUUCCAAAAAUAGUAGAGUUAUAAUACGACUAAAAUUGAGCAUAAACUUGUCCUACAAGUAAUCUACUUCUUCUACUUCUUCCAAAAAUGAAUUUUUCAUAGGGUUUCAAGAUUCAAAUCAUGGUGAAACUAGAAAAGGAAGAUAUUGAAGCCGCAUUGCUUCUUUCUUGGUUGAAGUACGUCCCUGUAGAGCCUGAAAUUGUGGAGAAAUCGAAGCGAAGGCUUCGAAGAAUCAAGAAAAAUGAAACCCCAGAACUUCAAAUUUCGAAAAGUGUGAAAAAUUCACCUUCUGCUUCUGGUGCUGGAAACCCAAAAAGGGUUCGACUGUCGAGCAAUUUUAAUGGCCGCCGUGAAGCUGCUUCUAGUUCUAGAAAUUCCAAUCCAGUUCCAAAAAGGGGUCGUGUUUUGCCUUCGAAUUUACCUGGGUCUUUACCAAAAUCCCCCCCAAUUGAGAAUUUAAGAACCCUAAUUGGACAAUGCAGUAACCCAUUUGUGAAGCAAUUGACGAAUUCCGAUGUGGAUGAACAUCAAGGUAGGCUCUUACUCAACAAUGAAUAUGUAAGGAAGCAACUUCUCCCAUUGUUGAAUGAAAAAUCUGAAGAUCUUACUACUGGUAUCAGUGUUAAAACUUUUGAUCCNUCCUAG